AUGAAUCUUCACAUUUUACCCAAAAAAACUACCCACUAUGAUCCUCAUCAUAACCUUUUGUGCAUAGUCUCAGGGCGUAAAAAAGUUUUCUUGUGGCCCCCUUCCGCCAGUCCCUCGCUCUAUCCGAUGCCUAUAUAUGGAGAAGCGUCAAACCAUAGUUCGGUUGGUCUAGAAAAUCCAAAUUUAUCUGAUUAUCCAAGAGCUGAGCAUGCCCUGAAGCAGUCACAGGAGGUUACUCUUGACGCUGGUGAUGCAGUAUUCAUUCCUGAAGGCUGGUUCCAUCAGGUGGAUAGUGAUGACCUGACUAUAGCUGUCAACUUUUGGUGGCAAUCAAACAUUAUGUCUAAUAUGCCUGAACAUAUGGAUUCAUAUUAUCUGCGCCAAAUCACAAGAAGAUUGAUAGACAGAGAAAUGAGCCUGUUAGUUUCGAAGCCUUCAUCAACUGAUGUGAAGCAACUGUCUAAGCAUAUUGACCAAUCUCACGGUGGGAUGGCAGAAGGUGGGAAUGGUAACUCAGAAAAUGAAAGCGCUAAGAAAGGCCUCAGCACAUUGUGUGAAAGAACGUCAUUGAAUGAUCUGGAUCCUUAUGCUUGCCUUGCACUUCAUGAGCUUAUUUCCUUAGUCCAUGACCAUGUUAAUGCUGUUGAAACAAGUAAAGGACGGCAUUACACUUCACCUAGUUGUUCAGACCCAGCUACAGAGGGCAGAAAAAGCAAGAUCCUGGUGAAUGCAUUGCCUUGUUUAGAAGAUGAUCGCAUUGCCCAUAUGCUCUGGGAUCUGGAAGCAUUUAGACUUCGAGAUGUACUCCUUGCUUUAAAGAAAGCAGCCGAGUCUCUUCUGGAUGUAACUAGAAGUUCGCUUAUCUGGCAUGGAGGUCAGUGGCUUAACAAUGGAUCUCACCAAGGCAUCACUCAAGGUGUUAAAAGCUCAACGCGGGCUAUUCGCCUAGCUGAAGGUAGACUAAGACGGUUAACAAACAUGAAUCCAGGAGGUGGUUCAUCAAACCAAGACAGAGGAAAAAGAACCAAUGGUGGCUAA